CCGCCAUGGCUGCGCGGUUGCUGCUGUCCCGCGCUCUGCGGCUGCUGCAGCGCUGCGGCCUCCCCCGCGCCCCCCGCCCGGCCGCCCCUUUCCCGGCUCCUCCUCCUCCUCCUCCCCGCGUCCCUCCCGGGCCCGGCCCGUGGCCGCGAUGGCGGCCGUGGCUGUGGCGGCUGCUGCUGCGCGGAGGCCCCGCGGCGGGGCUGGCGGCGGCGGCGCGGCGCGGCGGGGGUUGCCUGGCGCUGGCGGCCGCGCUGGGGCUGCAGCAGCCGCGGCUGGACGAGCAGCAACGCGCCGAGGCCGCCUGCAGGCACAUCCAGAAUGUGUUUGUCGGAAAGAACAAGCCACAGAAAAAUCCGCUGAGCUCCUUCCGCUGGCAGGGCUUCAAGCUGGAAGAGUAUCUCAUUGGCCAACCCAUCGGGAAGGGCUGCAGUGCUGCUGUGUAUGAAGCAGCUAUUCCUUUCUCCGGAGAUCAUCAUGGGAAUGUGGAGAACAGCCGUCUUGCAGCGCAGGAGCCAGCCAUGCAGCCAGAUGGCACCUCGGCUUCACAGGAGGCUGAAGAGGAGCCUGUGGUGAAACACCAACCCCAAGAGGCUUUUCCAUUGGCCAUCAAAAUGAUGUGGAACAUUUCGGCCGGUUCAUCCAGUGAAGCCAUCCUCGAUGCUAUGGGCCGAGAGCUUGUUCCAGCCACAAGGGUUGCCUUAGCUGGAGAAUAUGGAGCUGUCUCCAGCCGCAGAAGACCUGUCCUUGGGAGGAAGAAGUUGCAACCUCAUCCAAAUAUAAUCCAGGUGAUCCGAGCGUUCACAUCCUCUGUCCCUUUGCUGCCUGGAGCCUUCACAGACUAUCCUGAUGUUCUUCCAUUAAACCUGAAUCCCAGAGGGAUUGGUCACAGCCGCACACUCUUCUUGGUGAUGAAGAAUUAUCCGUGCACGCUGCGCCAGUAUCUGAGGGAGAACAGUCCAGAUGUUGGUCUCUCCACGAUGAUGAUUUUACAGCUCUUGGAAGGUGUGGAUCAUCUUGUUCGACAUGGAAUAGCACACAGGGACCUGAAGUCUGACAACAUCCUGGUUGAAUUUGAUUCUGCUGGCUGUCCCUGGCUGGUGAUCACGGACUUCGGUUGCUGUUUGGCGGAUGAAAACAUCGGCUUGCGACUGCCUUUCACCAGCUCCUACGUGGACCGGGGCGGCAACGGCUGCCUUAUGGCACCCGAGGUGAUCACAGCAUCACCUGGUCCGGGCACAGUGAUCAACUACAGCAAAGCCGAUGCUUGGGCCGUUGGAGCAAUUGCCUAUGAAAUCCUUGGCCUGGCCAAUCCUUUCUAUGGCCACGGCGACUCGACUCUGGAAAGCAGAAGUUACCGGGAAGAGCAGCUGCCGAGUCUGCCUGACCAUGUGCCCCUUGACGUGAAGGAAGUCAUAAAGAUGCUUCUGCGGAGGGAUCCCAAUAAGAGAUUGUCCGCUAGAGUCGCUGCUAACGUGCUUCACCUCAGCCUCUGGGGUGAAAGCGUCCUGGCAUCCAAGACCCUGAAACCUGACCAGAUGGUCGCCUGGCUUCUCUGCCAGUCCGCGGCUGCUUUGCUUAUGGAUGGGCUUGUGGAUAAAAGCAGAGUGGAAACCAAAAUGAAGAUGUGCUUUUUGGCAAACCUUGAGUUUGAAGACCUGUGGGCAGCAAUAUUCCUAUUGCUGGCCUGGAGAAGCCGGUCUGGGUGAAGAGCAGCGCCAUCUGGGAUGUGACCUGGUGGUAGAUAAACAGCACUUUCUAAAGGCACAUAGGAAUCUUGUCUUUUCUGUCUGCCUGGAAUCCCAUAGUGCUUUAGGGAACAAAGCUGCAGGCCUGUGUUUGAGAGCUUGAGUUUAUCUCUAGUACACACAGCUUUUCUAUCCCUGCUAGAGGAAAUGCCCUUGCUUUGUUACUCCCUUGAUGAGGGUUUGCUGACCUUGCGGGUGUCCUGAGGUACGUUGUGGGGUUUGUUCCUGUUUGGAAGUUCAGAAUUGAGUUUGAAGUUGUGCGUUGAAUGAAGCGAAAGGGAUGUGUGUGGGAGGAGGCGCUGUCUCGCUGCUCUGCACAUGGAUUUAAACAGCACACUGAGAAAGCCUAGCUGGCAAAGGGAUGUAAAAUCUUUCCUUUCCAUUUUACUGACCUGUUUUUUCUAUAUAGCAACGAUGUCCUUUGGUCGGGGAGGAUGGGAGACAUCGAUGUUUGAAUAACAACAUUCAUGUUAUGACAACGUUGUUUGAUUUCAUGUCUGUAAUCUCCUUUCAAGGAACUUGGGGAGAAAGUUAUUUAUGCUUGUUGCACAAUAAAUUGAAGAUUAAGCUCU